CAUGGCUUUGGGUGUUAGACAGGGUUUGGGGCUCGUGGGUUCGGCAACAUCGCUUGAUUCCAAAGCAUCUUCUGUCAUCGCACUGCUCUACCUGACAGAUCUGUAUUAGUUUGAUUGUGUGGUAUACCCGGGAUUGUUACAGCGGUGUUGUGUCAUAGCUAGUUUGAAGCCGAUAUAUUUGCGUGAUCCGGACAAUUAGCUGAAAAAAGGGGUGGGACUACACACAACGUACGAAAAGAGAGAAAAAAAUGGACGCGUUCGCACAUCUCGGUCAACAAUUCAGUGCGCUGUCGACCGCAGACAGUGCUUCAGUGAUAUCGGAUGUGGCGCCAUAUCGGGGAGGUUUGGCCGACGCGCCGAUCAGCCGGCGACGUCGGAGAAGAGACGAAGAAUCGUCGGUCGGUGGAAGAUCGGACGACGAGGAUGAUUAUGACGAUGAUCAGUCGACCGUCGACGGUACGCUGAGUCUGGCUUCUGUUCCGGUCGGUGGUCCUGGCCGGUUGCGUCGGGGCGCGGAUGAUUAUGACGAGGAGGACGAGGAAGAAGAGGAGGAAAUAUUGCCAGAUUAUGCCUGCGCAUACUGCGGGAUUCACUCUCCUCCCACUGUAGUUCAAUGCACGCAAUGCCAAAAGUGGUUUUGCAAUUCAAGGGGAAACACAUCGAGCUCACAUAUAGUGAAUCAUUUAGUGCGCGCGCGUCACAAAGAAGUAAGACUGCAUGCCGACUCAGAUCUAGGUGCUACGACUCUUGAGUGCUAUCAUUGCGGCUGCAAAAAUGUCUUUCUGCUGGGUUUCAUUCCGGCAAAAUCGGAUACCAUUGUCGUGAUUCUGUGUCGUCAGCCUUGUGCAUCUGCGACUUCGAGCAAGGAUAUGUCAUGGGACACGAGUCAGUGGCAGCCGUUGAUUGAGGAUCGUUCAUUUUUGAGCUGGUUGAUCGCCGUGCCUACAGAAGCAGAGAUGGUGAAAGCGCGACAGCCGACUAUCGCCCAGAUCGCAAAGCUGGAGGAUUUAUGGAAAAGCGACGCAAAGGCAACGAUCAAUGAUCUCGACAAGACAGUGCCGGACGACGAUCCGGAGCCCGUUCUGCUGCGAUAUGAGGAUGCGUACGAGUAUCAACGGUGCUUUGGUCCGCUCGUGAAGAUCGAGGCUGACUACGACCGCAAGUUGAAGGAGUCGCAAAGUCAAGAGCAUUUGAGCGUACGCUGGGAUAUUGGUUUGAACAACAAGCAUCUCGUAUCGUUUAUCUUGCCGAAUAUGGACAGCGGAGAUGUGAAGGUCGCGGUUGGUGAUGAGAUGAGACUUCGAUAUAUUGGCGACUUGCGGCCAAAAUGGGAAGGAGUUGGGUAUGUGAUCAAGGUGGCCAACAGCAUAUCAGAAGAGGUGACGCUUGAGCUGAAGCGAAAUGACAAGUCGGUGCCAAGUGAUAUCAGCAAUAACUUUAGCGUGGAUUAUGUGUGGAAAGCGACGUCUUUUGAUCGGAUGCAGCUUGCUCUCAAGACUUUUGCUAUCAAUGAGAUGUCAGUAUCUGGGUACAUCUAUCAUAAACUGCUUGGACACGAGGUCGCGCCGGUGAUUUUAAAGACCGCAAUGCCACGGCAAUUCGCGGCGCCGAAUCUUCCGGACCUGAACCAGUCUCAGGUUGAUGCGGUAAAGUCGGUGUUGCAGAAGCACAUCUCGCUGAUUCAGGGACCUCCGGGAACGGGAAAGACAGUGACGUCUGCAACUAUUGUUUACCACUUGGCAAAGAUGAAUUCAGGGCAGGUGUUGGUGUGUGCGCCGUCUAACGUUGCGGUGGAUCAGUUGACGGAGAAGAUCCAUCGGACGGGUCUGAAGGUUGUGCGUCUGACGGCGAAGAGCAGAGAGGAUCUCGAGAGCUCGGUUUCGUUUCUGUCAUUGCACGAGCAGGUGCGGUUGAAUGACACAAAUAUCGAGCUGCAGAAGCUUUCGCAGCUCAAGCACGAACUAGGCGAGCUGUCGAGCUCGGAUGAGAAGAAGUUCAAGAAGCUGACUCGGCUAGCGGAGCGCGAGAUCCUUGCUAAUGCGGAUGUGAUCUGCUGCACAUGUGUUGGAGCGGGAGAUCCUCGAGUGUCGAGGCUCAAGUUCAGGACGGUGCUGAUUGACGAGAGCACGCAGGCAGCGGAGCCCGAGUGCAUGAUUCCGCUGGUGAUGGGAUGCAAGCAGGCGGUUCUAGUGGGUGACCACAAGCAGCUGGGACCGGUGAUUAUGAACAAGAAGGCUGCGCGGGCGGGACUGCAUCAGUCUUUGUUUGAGCGGUUAGUGCUGCUUGGACUGGCGCCUAUUCGUCUGAAUAUCCAGUACCGUAUGCAUCCGUGCUUGAGUGAGUUCCCGAGCAAUAUGUUUUACGAAGGAUGUCUUCAAAACGGAGUGACUACGCAUGAGCGCAUCCGGAGAGAAGUUGAUUUCCCGUGGCCGGUUGCGGAGACGCCGAUGAUGUUUUGGUCUAAUCUCGGGCUGGAGGAGAUCUCCGCGAGCGGGACUAGUUACCUGAACCGGACCGAGGCAUCGAAUGUGGAGAAGCUCGUGACGCGGUUCUUCAAGGCGGGAAUUACGCCGAGUCAGAUUGGUAUCAUCACGCCGUAUGAAGGACAGAGGUCGUACAUCGUGUCGUCGAUGCAGACGAACGGAUCGCUGCGGAAGGAGCUGUAUAAGGAGGUUGAGGUUGCGUCGGUGGAUGCGUUCCAGGGACGUGAGAAGGAUUACAUCAUUCUGUCAUGCGUGCGAUCGAACGAGCACCAAGGAAUCGGAUUCCUGAGCGACCCGCGGCGUCUGAACGUAGCGUUGACGCGAGCAAAGUACGGACUGGUGGUGAUUGGAAAUCCAAAGGUGUUGUCGAAGCAGCCGAUGUGGCAUCAUCUGCUGACGCACUACAAGGAGAAGGCCACGCUUGUGGAGGGUCCGCUGAGCAACUUGCAGCAGAGCAUGAUUCAGUUCUCGAACCCACGUAUGUCGGGAGGCUACCGUGGUGGAAGCUCAGGGCCGUCAUACAUGGCGCAGCAGCGACAGCCGCAGGGAUCGUCGUCGCGGUAUAAUGUGCCUCAUCGAGGAGGAGCAGGCGCGCGACCACAUAUGGACUACGAGACUGGCAGCGUGCUCGGAUAUAUUCCUGAUGAUUUAGCGUCGCUGAAUAGCAUGGCGACAAACAACUAUCAGUCUAUCUUUGCUAACGGAUUCAAUGUGAUGAAUCACUGGGGCGGCGGAAUAGGCGCGGGCGAUGCGGUCGGAGGUCCAGUGGGAGCGAUGCAUGGCGGGCGCGGCGGCCCAUCGCAGCACGCGGCUGCCGCUGCAUCUGCUGCGGGCGUGGGAGCCGGUGGGCCUGGAAAGUAUGGAGCGAUAGGGGGUGCGAAUACGGGGAUGGGAAAGUCGAUCGGGCUGAGCCAGAGCGACCGGCUGAAGCAGUACGUAGAGGAGGAGAACGGGUCGGUGUAUGGUGGGCUGGGGUCGGUGUACAGCGGAGUUGACGACGACGCGAGGAGUGUGAGCACUGCGUUUGCGAGUCAGAUUGGCGCGGGCUACGACUGAUUGCUGUUAUAUAUAUAUUUGAUAUAAGAUAGGGCAGAUGUACAAUAGAGCGAUGUACAAUCAAAUUGCGGUAGAAUUGUUGUAGGGCGCGGAUUUGUGUAGGGUGUGAAUAGAGUUUUUUUUGGU